AUGUCUUCCUCUUCUGGUACCCCAGAGUCUUGGAUCUCUUCUUUUUGCGCAUUAUUGGGUCAUGAAUACUUUGCAGAGAUAUCGGAAGAAUUUAUAGAAGAUGACUUCAAUUUGACAGGUCUACAGACACAAGUAGCUAUGUAUAAGGAAGCACUCGAGAUGAUAUUAGAUGUCGAACCAGAAGAAGAUGAUGACGAAGAUGACGAGGAUGAGGAUGAAGAUGAGGAUGCAUCUAUUGAAGGCGAGGAUCGAUCAGGACGAAGAGCAGCUGCCGAAAGAAGACACCAAAGAAUGGCAAGCGAUCUAUCGAUUAUAGAAUCAUCCGCAGAAAUGUUAUAUGGUCUUAUCCAUCAACGAUUUAUCUGUUCUCGAGCCGGUAUACAACAAAUGUCGGAAAAAUAUGACCUGGCCCAUUUUGGUCACUGUCCACGAACACAUUGCGAACAAGUCCGAACUUUACCUGUAGGAUUAUCUGAUGUUCCAGGUGAAGAUACAGUUAAACUUUUCUGUCCUUCAUGUCUCGAUGUAUACGUUCCUCCAAAUUCUCGAUUCCAAACUGUUGAUGGUGCAUACUUUGGACGAACUUUCGGAGCUCUCUUCCUCCUCACAUUUCCCGAUUAUGAUAUUAGUAAGAAGGGAUUAGAAGCAUUGAGUGGUCAUGGAGCUAGAAAUUUACAACAUGGCAAUGAUGAAGAAAAGGAAAAGAUUAAUGGCAUGAAUGCAUCAAAUCUUGCACCUGGUCUUGGAAAGGGCAAAGUAUAUGAACCUAAAAUUUAUGGAUUCAAGGUUUCGGAGAGAGCGAGAAGUGGUCCUCGAAUGGCUUGGUUGAGGAAAAGGCCAGAUGAUAUUAGGGAGUUGGAUGAAGCUGCUGCUUAUGCAUUGGAGCAUGCAGAUGAUAGUGAUGAGGGUAUUGAUGUUGCACAUGGUGGUGCUAGUGCGAGUGCUAGACUUAAGCCACGGAGGAGGCAUCCAAAGGUUAUGGCACAUAAUGGGGGUAGUCCGAUGAGUGUCGAAGCCAAUGGAGAAAUUUUCUCAUAA